UGGAUAAAAUAUUAAGUUAUCAGAUAAUCCAAUUUUAACCUUGAAGGAAACUUUCGUUCGGCUUUUGUAUUUUUAGCCUAGGGAAGCUUAAAAUACCAUGUUCCGAAACUUGAAAUUAUUGGAACAGACUGUUAAAAAAAUCCAAUGUCAUAACAAAAAAGUGUGCGCUGGGAUCUGGGAAUUCUGGGAUGUUUUUGUUGGAGGUUAUGACCAGUAAAUAAAUAAAAAUGGGAUUGACUAAACAGUAUUUACGUUACGCUCCAAGCGGAACAUUCAAUGUCAUAGCUAGUGCCGAUUGUAACAGCACUCAUGUCUCGCUGAAUGGAGUAAGUGGGCGAUACAUAGCAGUUGGAACAUGCGAACAUGUUGUGAUCUGGGAUAUGAGGCUGGGCGAAAAGGCUCAGGUGCUUCCAGGAGAAAAUGUAGUGGUAUCUCAGAUUGCAGCAAGUCCCAAUGGUAACCACAUAGCGGUGGGUUAUGUGGACGGCAACAUCAAUGUCUUUGAGCUCUUAAACAAUGAGAUAGUGUGUGUGUUUGCCGGUCAUAAGUCCGCCGUCACAUGUUUACAGUAUGAUGAACAAGGACAUCGUCUGGUGUCUGGUUCUAAGGAUACAGAAGUGAUCCUGUGGGAUGUGGUGUCAGAGACAGGUAAAGCCCGCUUCAGUGGACAUAAGGGGGCUAUAACCAGUGUACUGUUCAUCAACGGCAAGAACUGUGUGGUCAGCUCCUCUAAGGACACAUUUGUUAAAUUCUGGGAUAUUGAGACGAAACAUUGCUUCAAGACUCUGGGAGGACAUCAAAUGGAAGUAUGGUCAGCAGUACUUCUAAAAGAGGAGAGAUACCUUGUGACUGGUAGUAUGGACCAAGAACUGAGAGUUUGGAAAUUGAACUGGACAGCAGAUGUGAAAGAUGAAGACAAACUUAUUAGACAACUAGAAAUAGUCAAGUUGGAGGAGACAGAUAAUCUGGAAGACUCUUCAGUACUUCAAUGUCACCAAGUAGGUACACUAGUGAGAGGCGGUAAAGGCCGCGUUGUGGGCCUGUCAACCGACCCGGGGCUGACCGUGUUGGCGUGUCAUGGUACAGAUUCUCUAUUGGAACUGUUCUCGUUCUGUUCAGAUGAAGAAGCCAAAACAAGGAUGGAUAAACGAAUAAAAAAACAAAGAAAGAGAUUGGCGAAACUAAAAGAAAGUGGUGAAUUAGACGCUGAAGCGACCACAGUACCAGAGCUAUUAACACUGUCAGAUGAAGUGAAGCGACUGUCUUCUAUAAAACUGGACACCAAGUUGAAGUCUACUACAUUAUUGUUGGGCACCACAGGAGAGUUGCGUGUUGGUGUGAGCUUGGCUAACAACACUGUGGAGCUGCAUAGCCUGAGGAUCGGAGAAGGACAUGAAGUGCAAUGUCUAAAACAAAUUACUCAACCGGGCCACCAGAAGGAGCCGCGUUGCGUCGCCAUCAGUUCUGACAAUCUCGCUGUGAUAUCUGCUUCCGCUGAUUCUAUCAAACUUUGGAGUAGGGCAACGCAAGCGUGUCUCCGUACAAUCCCAGUGCCAUGCGGCCGUCCGUGCAGCAUCAGCUUCGCGCCGGGCGACAGACACGCGCUCGUUGGCUGCGUGGACGGGACGCUACUGCUGGUAGACGUGGCGGCUGGGAAGGUUCUAGAACAAGUGCCCGCUCACACCGCCGAGUGUUCCACUGUCGGACUUACACCGGAUAGUAGAGGAUGUUUUUCGGGUGGCGGCGACAAGACAGUCAAGUUGUGGCAGUUUGAACUUAUUCCGGAUCCGACGGGCGAGUCCAAGGCAAAGGUGCUUUCCCUCCUUCACACAAGGACGCUAGAGUUAGAAGAAUCUGUACUGGCAGUAAAAAUAAGUCCGAACAACAAGUUCAUAGCUGUCGGUCUAUUAGACUCUACCGUAAAAAUAUUCUUCCUUGAUACUUUUAAGUUCUACCUAUCCCUCUACGGGCACAAGCUACCCGUCCUCUGCCUAGACAUCAGCUACGACUCGACGCUCAUAGCAACAGGCUCAGCCGACCGAAACGUCAAGAUAUGGGGAAUGGACUUCGGUGACUGCCACAAGUCGAUAUUCGCUCACAACGAUUCCGUGACCUCACUCCAGUUUGUACCCUCAACGCAUUACUUCUUCACCACGUCUAAGGAUGGGAAAGUGAAACAGUGGGAUGCGGAUAGCUAUGAUAACAUUAUUACGUUGAAUGGUCACGCGGGCGAGUGUUGGGGUAUAUCGGUGGGCGCGGGCGGGCUGCACGCGGCCUCCUGCGGCGGGGACCGCGCGCUGCGACUGUACGCCAGGACUGAAGAGCCGCUCGUGUUGGGAGACACCGACGAGCAGGAGGAGGGACUGGCUACAGGGGAACAACAUGCACCAGUCCCCGGUCUGCCUGGGCUAACUAUGCCUACGAAGAAAACCAUCGGUGCAGAGAAAGCUGCGGACUCGAUAAUGGAGUGCCUGUCGGUGGGCGCGGAGUACAAGCGCGAGCUGAAGGAAGCUCGCGGCCAGUUCGUGCAGCCGCCGCUACUCAUGGCCGCCUACAACUGUACCACGCCAGAGAACUUCUUAGUCGAGACUGUUAAGAGGAUCCGAUCAAGUGACUUAGAAGAAGCCCUCCUUCUGAUCCCGUUCAGCGUGGCCUGCGACAUGGUCCGCAUGUUACCGACAAUACUAGACCGCGGCGACAACACGGAGCUGUUCUGUCGCCUCGCCAUUUUCCUGCUGAAGAUACACCACGCGCCGCUGGUCGCCAACCAGGCGCUACUGAAGCACAUGAUACAGAUACAGGCCAAGGCCAGCAUGCGGCUUAAUGAGUUGAGGGACAUGGUGGGCUACAACGUGCAUGCCCUGCAGUGGCUGCGGCGCGAGGCGGAGGCGGCCGACAGCGAGCAGCUGUUCCGGGAGGCGCUCGCGGACAAGCGCUCGCGGGACAAGCGCCGCCGACAGCGGCAAGCCGUCAAGAGGCCAAUCGUCACUGUUACUUAGUAAUAAAUGUUAUGUAGUUAA